AUGUUGGGCUACAAUGGUUAUCUUUAUGUCGUUGGACGUCGAAACAAAGGAAGAAUUACCUUUCGCUGCAAAAAACCGCCAAUGCGAAGGAACACCGUUUUUUCUGAACGCACUGAACAUUGCCAUGCGCCAAAUAUCGACCAACUACUAGUCAUUGAAUUAAAAAACAAAAUCAAGCCCCAAGCUCUUAUCAGCGAAGAGUCAACAAGCAAGCUUUUCUAUUCUGAAUUGAAAUAUUUUCCUUUAGAUGCAGCUGGUCAGCUACCACCAACUGACGCACUACAGAAAACAGACCGUCGACGACGCCAAACACCGAAGGGAAGGCGUGAUAAUAGAUUGCCUUAUCCUCUAAAACAAACAAUCCGUGGCGAGAACUUUAUCCUUCACGAAGACAAUAAACUGAUUAUUUACACGGCCACCUCGAACUUCUCGGUAUUGAAAACAUUUAAACAUUGGUUCGCGGACGAAACAUUCAAAGUGUGCUCAGACGAUUUCUGUCAAAUGUUCACAUUACAAGGAUUAUUUAAAGCACAAGUUAUUCAAUUGGUUUAUGGGUUACUCACAGGGAGGAGUAAAUCUGACUAUAACCAGUCUUUUGAACGUAUUAUUGAAGAGGAUGAUUUCAAUCGAGUUUCAAUAUUGACUGACUUUGAAUCCGGUACGAUAGAAUCAAUUCAUUCGAUAUUUCCAAAUGUUGUUCACAAAGGCUGUUUGUUUCACUUUGGCCAGUGCGUUUGGCGAAACAUUCAAAGCCACGGAUUAUAA